GGUGUCAUGGAGGGGCUGUGGGCAGCAGCGGGGUGUGUGUGGAACCUUCUCUGUUCGUCAUUGGAGUAAAAAGUCCCAGCAGACCUUCUCAGUGCGCACAAACACACACAGAAGCAGGCAGCUCCUGUAGGACUCUCUCCUGCUCCGACUCCUCUCCGCUUUCUCUGAAACGGACUUUUCAAGCUGCAGCUGCGGAUGGACGCGUGAUGAGGUGGGGGAGAGCCGAGGGUGGCCGGUGGUCCGUGCUUAACAGGAAGCAAAAGGGGGCCGCAGCUUUCUCACACUGCUCAGUGAAAAAGUACAGCCAAACAGUUCGGUGACGGCGGAACAGCCAAUGAACAUAAAUGGUGCGUCGUGACGCAACAGGGCCCCGUAGAUAAGGAGCGGAGAGUCCAACCGGGACCUGAGAAGGAGGACCGGCACUUUUGGGGGUCCAGCAAAUACUCGCCUAUCAUCAGUCAACGUGAAGCCAGCUCCUCCUCUCCUGCCGUUACGCACAUACAUGCAGCCUCCUUGGCAAAAGACAAAACAUGAACUAAACAGACUGCCGUGAAGGGAAACUGCUUCUUUCAGACGACCAGGCGGGAUUUUAUCAACAAAGGCUGUGUUUUCAUUUUUUCCCCCUUUUUCCCCCAAUUUCUCUGCCAAACAAAAUAGUUUGAGCGACAUAAUUCAGCAUCAACUUGGACUGUUGAACGUGGAUGAGGGAAAGAAUCAUUUCUCACAACCUCUCUGUCAGUUUUAAUUUUUGAUCUAUUAUUUUUCUUCGUGGUCUUGUAGAAGGCUUCAACUUUUGGCGGUGCUUUUUGUCUAGUUGCUCGUUUUCUACAGAAACAAAAAAGGGAGAGACUUUGUCAAUGUCUUGCAGACCGCCGUAAUCCUGAAAUAUUACUCCAAGCGAGGAGGCGGCUGCUGAGAUCCGUGCAACGGGGGCUUCCAUAGUUGGUAUGUUCAUUUCCCAUAAAUGGAAAAAAAGACAUAGACAAAUCAGUUGGUAACAUCGAAAAUAAAAACAAAAUCUUAGAGAGGAAAAAAUCCAAUAAGAGAAGCAAUCUGCGCGCUUUUAAUGAAUUAAUCAUAGCUUAUUAAUAAUGAGAGCUGCAGAGAUUCGGAUGACGGUUUCCAUUGGCAGAUGAGCGGUAGUGUGGAGAACACGUGUCCAAUUUUUUCCUCAUAUUUUUUCCUCGCUGAUCUGGAUUUCUCACUUGUCAUCGCAAGAAAGGAAACCCCCCCACCCCCUAAAAAAUUGAGAAUUUCCAGUACCGUUAUUGCCGCUGAUGGACAUCUUGGCUUGCAGAUCCGAAGAGAACAGUUAUAAUAUCCUCCCCUCUGCGGCAACGAUGCUUUUCCAUGGCCUCCCUGGAGGCGACGUGCACGGUGUGGUGGAAGAAAUGGACCGGAGAGGAAAGGGCGAGUCAGCAGCCAUCAGCUCAGCCAUCGAUAUGGGAGAAUCAGAGACGUCCAUGCCGUGUAUGACCAGCGAGCGCGUGGCUCUGUGUGCAGGCUGCGGCAGGAAGAUCGCGGACCGUUACUACCUGCUGGCCGUGGACAAACAGUGGCACAUGCGCUGCCUCAAGUGCUGCGAGUGCAAACUCAACCUGGAGUCCGAGCUCACCUGCUUCAGCAAGGACGGCAGCAUCUACUGUAAGGAGGACUACUACAGAAGAUUUUCGGUGCAGAGAUGCGCCCGGUGCCACCUGGGUAUCUCGGCCUCGGAGAUGGUGAUGCGGGCCCGGGACCUGGUCUACCACCUCAACUGCUUCACCUGCACCACCUGCAGCAAGAUGCUCACCACCGGGGACCACUUUGGCAUGAAGGACAGCCUGGUGUACUGUCGCCUGCACUUUGAGACUCUCAUUCAGGGAGAAUAUCAGACACAUUUUAACCACGCGGACGUUGUCCCGCACAAAGGCCUGGGCCCGGCAAACACGCUCGGACUAUCCUACUUCAACGGCGUGGGGGCAGUGCAGAAAGGGCGGCCCAGGAAGAGGAAAAGUCCGGGGCCCGGGGCCGAGCUGGCCGCUUACAACGCAGCACUGAGCUGUAACGAGAACGACGGCGAGUCCAUGGACCGGGACUCCCAGUACAGCUCCAGUCAGAAGACCAAGCGUAUGCGGACAUCUUUCAAGCACCACCAGCUGAGGACGAUGAAGUCCUACUUCGCCAUCAACCACAACCCAGACGCCAAGGACCUCAAGCAACUGGCCCAGAAGACCGGCCUCACGAAGCGAGUCUUACAGGUUUGGUUCCAAAACGCUCGGGCCAAGUUCAGGAGGAACCUGCUGCGGCAGGAGAGCACCGGGGUGGACAAGGCAUCAGACGGAUCCACAUUGCAAGGUGGGACGCCUUCAGGCCCGGCAUCGGAGAUCUCUAACGCCUCCAUGAGCCCCUCCAGCACCCCCACCACCCUAACAGACUUGACCAACCCCACCAUGCCCACCGUCACCUCUGUUCUCACCUCAGUGCCGGGCGGCAUGGAUGUCCACGAGUGCCGGAGCCCAUCACAGACCACGCUGACCAGCCUCUUCUGAUGGUUAGAGCUCUAACCCCCCCCCGGCGACCCUCACCUCCUUGCACACACACAUACAUACACACUCCCACCAAAGCCCAAACCCCCUCUGGAUCUAAAACUGAGCACUGUUCACACCUUCGGACUUUCGCCGGAUUAGAAAAGAGAAGGAAACAAAUAAAAAAAAGAAAAAUUCUCUGAGUCUUUUAGAGGCUGUUGGCAUGGCUUGGCCGCCUGGCUGAGCCUCACACAUGGAACUCUUGUUGUUAUUUUGAUGUUGUCUUGUUGAGAAUUGAGGAGACUUGAUUUGCAUUUUACAAUGUUUACAGAGAGAGACUGCUGAGGACAAAAACUGCUUAAUUUUUGAGGGAAAUAAUUUUUUCCAGCACAGUAUUUAUGUUGUUGUACAAGAGUCACUGUUAGAAGGAUUGUAAAAAAUUCCUUUUUUUUUUUGUUUCUCUCUUUUUUUCAUUUUUGGAAAUCUGAGAUUAAACACAGGUUACAACAUC